CCCGGCGCUCACAGAGCCGACACCAGGGGGGCUCUCGAUGUAGCACCAUGACAGGCAUCGCCGCCGCCUCCUUCUUCUCCAAUACCUGCCGAUUCGGGGGCUGCGGACUCCACUUCCCCACCCUGGCCGACCUCAUCGAGCACAUCGAGGACAACCACAUCGAUACUGAUCCACGUGUUUUAGAAAAACAAGAAUUACAGCAGCCAACCUAUGUUGCCCUGAGUUACAUUAAUAGAUUCAUGACGGAUGCUGCCCGCCGAGAGCAGGAGUCCCUGAAAAAGAAGAUUCAGCCGAAGCUCUCACUGACUCUGUCCAGUUCGGUGUCUCGAGGGAAUGUGUCUACUCCACCGCGCCACAGCAGUGGAAGCCUUACUCCCCCCGUGACCCCGCCCAUCACCCCCUCCUCUUCAUUCCGCAGCAGCACGCCAACAGGCAGCGAGUAUGAUGAGGAGGAAGUGGACUACGAGGAGUCGGACAGUGAUGAGUCCUGGACCACCGAGAGCGCCAUCAGCUCGGAAGCCAUCCUCAGCUCCAUGUGCAUGAACGGAGGGGAGGAGAAGCCUUUUGCCUGCCCAGUUCCUGGAUGUAAAAAGCGAUACAAGAAUGUGAAUGGCAUAAAGUACCAUGCUAAGAAUGGUCACAGAACACAGAUUCGUGUCCGCAAACCAUUCAAAUGUCGUUGUGGGAAGAGUUACAAGACAGCUCAGGGCCUGCGGCACCACACAAUCAAUUUCCAUCCCCCGGUGUCGGCUGAGAUUAUCAGGAAGAUGCAGCAAUAACAUGCUGGUCGUAACUGUGCCAAGAAAUCCUCACCAGCAGUUGCUGAUUUUGAAAACAGCCACCUUUUUUCAGGGGAAGCAUUCAGCAACCCUUUAAAAAAAAAAAAGAAUUAAAUGCAUGCUUUAAAUUUUUCUGUAAUUUUGGAAUGAUGUAUCUUUGUAGAGUUAAUGAUUUUGUACAUUUGCACAUGUAUUCAUCAUACCCAUUUUCAUUACUUUGAUAUAAGGUGCUAAACAAAAAAAGCUCUAGGUUCUUCAGCACAUUUCCCCCAAAACAAAAUAAAACUGAGGGCAUGUUGCACAUUGUUUAGUUGUAUUGUAGUGGUAUCAAUCCGGGGGAGGAGGGGCUGGCACUGAGAUUUUUUUUCAAGAUUGUAAUGUGAUUGAUUGAAGUUCUUCAACACAUCAACUCACAUAUGUUCAAUACCAAAAUAAUACCUUCAUUAUCAAACUGGUUACCAUGCCUUACAUAAUGGAGUUAGUAUUUGUGAGUAGAAAGACUUUAGGUAAUGGAAAUAUAAAUAAGAAUGUUUAACAUAAUAUGCUAAAAAUAUUUUCAUAUUUAAAUAACAUACAUAAAAGGUGUGCUUUGUGUUUUAUAUUAUCUUGCAAAUCCUUUUUCCCUUUAAAAAGCUGAAAAUCUUGCCAUCUGACUUACCAAUCAUUUUAGUGUUAUAAAUGGCAUUUUUGUACAAAAUAGUCUAUUCAGUUCACUCAUUAACUCAACAUACAUUCAUUGAGUGCCUGCUAGGUGCAAGGGAUUCCAUUUAUGCCUGUUGAUAUUUGUGGACCAAGAUACCAGUUUAGUGAAAUACUUUUCCCUGAAAUCUGUUGUUAAGAAAUACUUAAGUGCGAGUUUUGUGUGUGUGAAAUUUAGUUAUAUCUUCAUCUUCAGAUGAAGUUUUAAAGCACUUUGUAGUUCUCUAUUGCCAACAGAUUUAAUGUUUUAUGUGUUGCCAAUUCUUCCAGCCACUGCCCUAACAAACCUAUGGGUUGCAAAUAAGAAUUAAAAUUCUAAGCAUGUUUCAAAGAAGAGUGUUUUUGUUAAGACUCCUAUUGCCUCUUCUUCACGCUCAUUGUAUUGACUUUUUUUUUAAGGCGCUUUUCCCACCAUAUUGGAGAUGUCUGCAUUCCCACUGAAAAUGGUCUGUUUAGCUUUAUGAAACAUUCUGCCGAAAUAUGAAAUUGAGCCUUAUUGACAGUUAAGUGCUUCUUGCAGCAGGUGGUCAAAGAAUGAAUGAUGUGACCCAUUAGAGUAGCCUACGUCUGGACCCUUCCUGAGUGUUCCUCACUGACAAUACCAUCAUGCCUUGAGUGUUUUCUCCCAAGUGCUAUUCCUUAAACACGAGAGUUUACCAAUUGCCUAAUUAUGCAAUAAAACUGCUUUGAGACAGCUAACUGCCCACACAGCAAACUGGUGCAACGCAAAUCUGAAUUGCUUAUGAAAUAGCUUUCUUCCCAUAUUUACAUUUGAUGAAAAGUCUUACACACAGCUGGGAAGCAGGUGUCCCUCCUCAAUUUUUCAGACAUUUUGAAAGGACGACAAUUCUGUUAGCCAAAUGGGUAAGUUUCUAUAUUCAUAAGUUGGGAAUCCUCAUAAUGAGGGAUUUUUAAGUAUUAUAAAGACACUGCCCUCAAAAUUUCCCUCAGAUCUCUGCAGAGUGGUCUUGGUUCUGAAUAUAGUGUUUUCCUGUAUAUUUAAAAGGAUGAUCCAGACAUGGGAAGCUACUAGUUGGUGCAUAAGAAGGCCCUACUUGGCUAUUUCUUAUCUACCUACAAUUGACCAAUAACAAAUUUCCUGGGCCAACGAUUAUUUAGCUUCGCUCCUUCUAGUGCAAGAAACUGCAGGCUGGAUCAAUCAGUUCAACAGCUAAACAGUCAUAAGUCAUUGUGCAUGUUAAAUUUCUUUCAAGUAUAAAACAAAUUCCAAUUUCUAUUUACUUAUUCAUUGUGACAGUAUUACUAAACAGGUAAGGAUGGGAAUAUUUUGUUAUACCGUGUAUAGUGAAUGUAUUGUAUCGUGUCUGUGAGAACUGUGCUUUAAAUUAUAUUUUCAUAUGUUUUGUUGAGGACAGAGCACAUUAAGUUUGAAAGUGACAGAGGUUUGUUUUAGAACUGAAGGCAACUUAAUCAAAAUUCCUGUCAAGAAAAGCUGCUUAUAAAUGUAAAUGAAAUCACAUUUAAAAUAAACUGCCUCUGACCCAAGAUAAACUUGACUCUUUAUUUUCAUUAGUAUCCAUUAUGAAAACCAGUAUCAAGUUUACCACAGGAACUAAUAUCCAUUCAGUGCCUUGUUCUAUCUUAGACUGCCUAUUUGCAUAUCCCAUUACUUCAUGUAGAGUUUAUUCUCAAUCUUUUACGUAGACUGCACUGCUUUUCUGUCGAUAACAAAUUACAUAAGCUUGGGCCAAAACCAUUUAAAAGUUCUAGGCUGAUGAGAUGAAUGACCUCAUUUCCCUAUUAGCAGUACUGUACGUAAUGUCAUUCAGAGGAUACUUUUAGGUCUAGCAUGAUCUAUAAUUGUUAACUGAUGCAAAAGAAAAAAUGCUCAUGUCAUUGAACAAGUUUAACUGAAUAUAUCCUGCUUACAUCAGGAAGUUAAAACAUGGAAUCUUCAAUGCUAUUACCUCCUGAGACAGCUGUUUUCUAACACUGGCACCUACCUGCCUAAUACUGUUGGUCCUACUCAGAAACCUUUUUAAAGAAUUCCAACAAUACACAAAUUCUGCUCCUAGAAACAAAUACGAGCAACAUAUAUGUACACAGUUAAUACACAGCACCCCAAAAUGCCACCAAGUCUGAAUAUUAGGUUAACAUCUUAAGUAGCUAGUUUGCUUACAGUAAGCCUAUUUUGAUAACUUACCAAAGCAGCAAAAUCUAAAGCCAGAACAAUAAUUCUUUAACAUUUUAAAAGAGAAAGGAAUAGAGUUCAGAAAUUUUUUAAAGGCCCAGACCAAAAGGAUGCUUAGUAUGCUAGGUCAAUAAGAACUAUCACAAAUAAAUACAACCACCAUGAAAUUACCCACAAGCCUCCAAAAAUGUGUUCUCCUUAAUGUUCAUAAAAGUUCCAUAGAGCAGGACAGACAUAACUAAAGGAACACAGUACUUUGAUUUCAGUUUAUGCAUUACAUUUUUAAUCCUUACUAGGAAAUAUGUCAAAGUUAUAUUCUCAUCAGGAAAAUCUGAAAAAGAUCCUGAUACAUAGAGAUUUCACACCACAAAUACCACUGUUUAGUAGCUCAUUCAGUAUGAAAACAGUUGCACUAAUCUUGUUCCAUUUUUCCAUAGAUAUAAACACAACUUGAAGAUGUCUUAAAAAUAAUCAUUCAGGUUACUGUAAAAGCUUUCAGUCAGAAUUUGUGUCCCAAAGUAAAAUAUGCUAUGAAUUCUUGAAGCAAACAUUUCAUAUACAAAAAGGAUAUUUGCUUUAUGGCAAGCACGUAAUCUCAUUCUGUACGCAGCUCGAGAGAGAGUUAAACCAAUUUCAUCGGCUAAAUUACAGAGCUUUCUGUAUUCGAAAAAUUACUUCGCAAAACUAUUAGGAUGAAUUUUUUAUUACAUAAUAUUUAGUAGUCAUGCUCAAUCAUCAAGGUCAACAGAAACUUGUAAAUAUUCUGCUAAAUAAUCUAACACUAUACUUAUUUUUUCAGUGUGGUAACAUUAAAAUAAUCCCUGUAUCCUUUAUUCAUACAACUUCACAAACUGGGGAAUAAAUAAAGAUAUAAACACACAAGAACUUUUCUUAAAGCAGGUAAGAUUAACAGAGGUUAAAAUUAUAUUUAUUAAGAAGCCAAAGAUCAACCCUAACCUUAGUAACACCAUCAAACUGCAAAGUAGCUCUUGGUCAGAGAAGUGUGGAAGAGGGUACAUGGGAAGGUGAAGACUACACCUUGCAGUCUCCUAAGUUGUCUAUUGGAGGUGAUUUUUUUUAACUGCUAAACUGUAUUAACUCAUAAUAAAAGUAACUAGUCAAAAUUUAAAACAUUCUGAUCAAAAUGGGUCUGAACGUGCCUUUCAAAGCCCAGCUGGUCAUAGUCAGGAGGGAACUGCUCACUGCACAUCGGGCACACCUUCCAGUGACUUUCAACGUGUUCUUCAAACUUGCUCUGAUCAUAGUUGGGAGGGAACAUUAAGUCACAGAGGGGACACUUCUUGUGAACAUCAAAGCUUGAAGAAAUAGGAAAAUGAAAAUUAUACAUUUCUAAUAAGUUGUAUAACAGUCAAUCUUCAGUAUGACAAGGUUAAAAAUAUAGCUAAAAUACUAAACAAUCUACUAAAUGCCUCAAAGUCUUUAGAAACUUUUUUCUGCUCCUAAAACCUAAUUGACAAUUAAAACUUAAGUCUUAUAAUUCAAUUGACAAAAAUCUUUUUUUAAUUAAAAUUUCAAGAAUACAAUCAUAUGAACUAAAUUCUUUAAUUUUUAAUAGAAAAAAACCUUUUUAACGAAACUAUAAGGAAAUACAACUAACAAUUUCCUAACAGCCACCCACUCAGUUUAACAACUAAGUUUUUUUUUUUGUAGCACGCACUAGUUCCUAUGGAUGGCAUGCACUAGAAUCAUCCCAAGGGCCUGUUAAAAUAUGUGUGCUGGGUCCCAACCCCAGAGUUUCUGGUUCAGUAGGUCUAAGAUAUGGCCCCAAGCAUUUGCAUUUCUAACAAGCUUCUAAGGACCACACUUUGAGAACUACCGGUCUACAGAAUUCAAAUUCUACAAAAGAAAGAGAAAAAUUACCUGGAAUCAAAGCAAAAGCCUGUUCCAUGCCCAUGUAAAUGCUGACUUGGAGGAUCAGGAGCAGUGGGUACAUUCUCGUCUUCCUGGGCAAAAAAAGAAUUUGCCACUUUUGAGAAAAGUGAAACUUAAGUUCCUUAAUUCAAACAAGCACAUGUUGAGAAUAUAAAGGAAAUAAGAUUAUUCUUAAAAUACACAAAUGUUUGAAAGUAAAUUUUACCAAGUGUCUCACUAUGGACUAUGGACUAACAGAACAGUCUCAUCUUUACUGAAGUAAAAAGUAGCAUUCAGUGGAAUGGCAGGUAUACCUGUAUCUGUGAAUGAAACUGAAUGAGAAGAACUUUUUGAAUCUAUAUAUAGGUAACUUCACUGAUUUUUUUUUAAUAGUUCCAUAGACUGGUUGACAACUUUCAUAAAAAUCUUAAGUCUACAUUAUUUGUCCCCACUAUUCUCAUUUGGUAACUUAAUCUGCAAGACAUAGACUUCUCUUUGACCAGAGAGAACUGCUGUAUAAUAUUUAAGUCAUAAAGGAAAACUAAUAAAUUGUACAGUUUGCAAAUAUAUGUUCUUAGGCACACACAUGGACAAAUCCAACUGGAAACUACCUGUUGUAAAGCAAAGCAACACACUGAACUACAAGCCUUAAAAAAAAAACACCGAUUUGGAUUCACAUGCCUGCAUCCCAGUGGUCAGUUAUCUAGAGCUCUGUAUGUGCUACCGAACAGCCAAACAUGGAAUUUCACGCAACAUUUAAAGAAGCCUCAUCAUCUAAGUUGCCCAUUUGCUUUCUUCCUCUCGGCGGUUCUAUGAGCUUGCUCUCUCACGUCAUGAACUAAGACCACAUAAACGGAUGUAGCAGGCACUGACAGAAGUCCUUAUGCUGCUGGGUAAUCAUGCUUGCCUCAGAGCUGCUAUCAAUGGGCUAAUUAGUUAAGUCUGUCAUGGGAAGAGGUACCAAAAAAGGUAUGAAAUGUGAAGUGACAAACAAAAGACAGACUAAACAUCUUUUUUAUUUUGUACCUGGCUGUCCUUGUGACCACUGUGUGCUAAGGCCAAAGUCAACACAUGAGAGAAAAGACAGUACCAAUGACUCUGAGCAACUUUUAUUUAAAAUUAGAAAAUUAAUACUUUAUAUGUCCCUAAUUACUUUGUAUUAUUAGGUAAUAUUAGUCAACAUCCUGUCCUUUUAAUGAGAUGUUACUGUUAAGCUCUGUGAGAUACUCACUUCUAGUAAUGUUAUCAGUUAAACAGUAACACUGAACUCUACAAUUUAAAUGUUUACGAAAAUCAGAAAGCAACUUUGCAAGAUCUGUAUUACUUUCUAAAAUAUUACUUUUCUUCAUAUAUAAAAAUUAACUCAAAUUGGUUCAAAGAACUAGAUGUUAAGAGCUAAAACUAUAAAACUCUUAAAAGAAGAAAAUACAGGGGUAAAUCUUCAUGAAUGGAUUUUGCAAUGGUUUCUGAGCUAUGACAACAAAAGCACAAGCAAAAAAAAAAAAACACACCAGACUUCAUCAAAAUUAACUUUUGUGCUGCAAAGGACACUAUCCAGAAAAUGAAGACAACCCACAGAACAAGAGAAAAUACUUGCAAAUCAUGUACCUGACAAUGUAAGAACUCUUACAACUCAGUAACAAAAAGACAACCCAAUCAAAAGACAGGCAAAGCUUGAACACUAUGCUCUUUUAAGAACUAUCUAUAUGGGAUCAAAGUGACAACAGCAACACGAAGGAUUAGGUACAAAACUUAGUGGGCAAGUGAGUUUAUGUUAAUGGGGAAGGGAAAAGGUGAGAAUGGUUGCACAAUUCAAAGAAUGCUAUCGGUGUCUGAAUUUACAUGUAGGAACUGAAUUUACAUGUAGGAACGGUUGAAUUGGUGUAUGUUUUGCUGUGUAUAUUCUCAACCAAAAAAAAGGGCAAAGGAUCUGAAUAGACAUUCUUCCAAAGGUAUACUAAUGGCCAAUAAGCCCAAGAUGAUCAACAUCGUCCGCAUCAGCAAAAUGCAAGUCAAAUAACAAUGAGAUACCACUUCACGCCCACUAGUAUGGACUACAAUAAAAAAGACAGAUGAUAAUAAGUGCUGGUGAAAAUAUGGAGAAACCGGGACUCUCAUACAUGCUGGUGGGAAUGUAAAAUGGUACAAACACUUUAGAAAACAAAUCUGGCAGUUCUCAAAAGGUUAACCAGAGUUACCAUAAAAACCCAACCAAAACCUGUUGCCAUCAAAUCAAUUCCGACUCACAGCUACCCUACAGGACAGAACAGAACUGCACCCAUAGUUUCCAAACAGUGGCUGGUGGAUUUGAACUGCUGACCUUUUGGUUAGCAGGCAUAGCACUUAACCACUACGCCAUCAGGGUUUCCAGAGCUACCAUACACACAUACACACCAACUGCCAUCAGGUCGAUUUCGACUCAUAGCAACCCUAUGGGACGGAAUAGAACUGAACUGCCCCACAGAGUUUCCAAGGAGUGCCUGAUGGAUCUAAAAUGCCAGAGCUCUUAAUCACUAUGCCACCAGGGUUUCCACAGUGCUGUCACAUGGCCCAUCAAUUCCACUCAUAGGUAUGUAUCCAGGAAAAACAAAAACAUGUCCACACAAUAGCUUACAAAUGUUUACAGCAGUAAGUCAAAAACUGGAAUCAACCCAAAUAUCCAUCAACUGAUAGAUGGAUAAACAAAUGUGAUAUAUCCAUACAGUGGAAUAUUAUUCAGCAAUAAUAAGGAAUGAAGUACCAAUACAUGCUACAACAGGGAUGAACCUGGGAAACAUUAUGGUAAGUAAAAAAAAGCCAGUCACAAACAGCCAAAUAGGAUUCCAUUUAUAUGAAUGUCCACAACAGGCACAUCUACAGACACAGAAAGCAGAUUAGGGGUUGCCUAGGGAUAAGAGAAAGCAGGGAGUGGAAGGGUGACUGCUAAAGCAUAGUUUCUUUUUGGGAUGAAGAAAGUGUUUAAGACUGACUGUGAUGAUGGCUACACAACUUUAAAUAUACUAAAAACCACUGAAUUGUAUACUUUAAGUGGGUGAAUUGUAUGGUAUGUUAAUUAUAGUUCAACAAAGCUGUUACCUAAAGAAGUUACUGUCCUAAGAUGAUCUGAAUUUUAAAUAGUUUAUAGGCAGAAAAUAUAAACUAAAAGCAUUCUUUAACUAAAAUCAUUAAUCACAAAUAUUUAAACUGCUUCUACUACAUGAAGAGUCCUGGUGGUGCAGUGGUUUGGCUCCUAACCAAAAAGGUCAGCAGUUUGAAUCCAGCAGCUACUCUUUGGAAACUCUAACAAGCAAUUCUAACUCUAUCCUAUAGGGUCGCUAUGAGUCGGAAGGGGUUUUCUGCUAUGUGAAAAGGCACUGCACUAUGUGAUAUAAAAAAGAAAAAAAUCAGCACUAAGAGAUGCCAACCAGAUAUAUAGUACCAGUUGGAAGUAUACCUGUUUAAAAAAAAAAAAAGUAAUGUAAAACCACAGAAUUCAUUUAAUCCUUUUGAUGAAGUCCAAUUUAUCUUUUUUUCCCCUAGUUGCUUUGUGCUUUUGGUGUCAUAUCUAAGAAACCAUUGCCUAAUGCAAGGCUGUAAAGAUUUACUCCUAUGUUUUCUUCUAAAAGUUUUAUAGUUUUAGUUUUUACAUUUAGGUCUUUGAACCAAUUUGAGUAAAUUUUUAUACAUCCUUUUCCCACACUGAAUUGUCUUGGCACUAUUGUAAAAAAUGAUUGACUGAGUAUAUACUACUUUUUUAAGUAAAACACACACUGGUUAUAUUCAAAAUAAUUUUAAAUUUAAAAAUAAAUUUUUUUGAAAACAUGAAAAUCACAAAAACCCAAACAAUGCACCAUAACAGAUGGGAAACAGGCCUUGAUUCUUUCAAGCAGCAGUUCUCAACAAUUCUGGGGUCCCAGAUGCUUUGAAAAUCACAUACCAUUCUGAGAAUCAAAGCUAAAAAUUCACCAGGAAAAAAAAAAAAGUAUACCAAAACUGUCUUCAGUUUUGGGGAUUCA